AGGAGGUUUUGUGGCCAGGGUUAGUCGCUACAGAAAGGAGCGGCCACAGCUUAUGUAAAAGCAAGGCCACCUAUCCACCUCUCCCUUCUAAUACCACCAUCGGUUUUCCAAAACCACUCUGGUUUUCUGCCUUUCCCUUUUAUUUAAACUCCUCCAUCCCUUCCCACAGACGGUUUAGGGCUUUGCAGAGAUGAAAUCGAAAUCUAGGGUUUGCGAGCUCUGCAGAAGAGAGGCGAACCUCUAUUGCGAGUCGGACUCGGCGUUCCUCUGCUGGGACUGCGACGCGACCGUGCACGGGGCUAAUUUCCUGGUGGCGCGGCACGUGCGGCGGACGGUGUGCUGCAGGUGCGAGGGGUUCGACGGGAAUAGCGUCUCGGGGGCCGGAUCCCGCCCGAUCCGGCCGGUGUGCCGGUCCUGCGGACCGGAGGAAGACGGUUCUUGCUCUUCCCUGUCUUCCUCAUCGUCGGAGUGCAUCUCAACGGCGGAGUCGUUCACGGGCAUGAGAAAGGCCGGAGGGAGCCGGUCGAGGACCGGGCGGAUCGGGAGGACCGACCGGUCUGGUUCGGUCUCGGAGUUUUCCGUUGGGGACGGCUCGAAGGCUGCAGCAGUCAGGGAGACGAAGGGGGACGUCGAUGCCAAGGCGGAGGGUAUUUUGGUAAUUUGGUCGAGGCGGUUGGGGUUCAAGAGCAGCUGCUGUGUGGGUUUCGCCCUGCAUGCGUUUGGGAUCUGCUUGAGGAAAUUUACGGCUUUGCCCUUCAGGGUCUGCCUAGCAUCGUCGCUCUGGUUCGCGGCCAAGCUCUGCGAGAGACGUGGCGUGUCCACGUGGCAGCUAAAGAAGCUAGAAGCGUGUUCGGGGGUCCCAGCGAAGCUGAUCCUACUGGCUGAAACCAAGCUCUCGCCGUUCGUAAAACUCCACAAGUCAUCCCAAGAGGAGGCGGAAGGUUGGGCCGAAUGCUCUGACGGCUGAGAUUGCACUCAGGGAACGUGCGAGUCGCUUGUGUGUAUGCGUUGUAAUUGAUAACGAUAGGAUAUGGGAAUGUUGGUGUUUUUUUCUUUU